CUAUUCUCGCUGCCCCAUGUGAACACCGCUUCCGUCACCAUUACGUCAUUUGCUUCUCCUAAAUAUCUUCAUCUUCUCCUUCAUCUUCACUUCUCAAUUGAAUCUAACGAACACCAAAACACCUUCACACCUACCAGAAUCACACACACACACAAUCAAUCGGCAAACACAGGGUUUGUGUCGUCCCGUGCAGUAUCAAUUAGGGUUCUAUAGGGCCCUGUUUGUACUGACAUGGAUUAUCAUGCUAAUUAUUCAAUUUGGGAUGGAGUAUACUACCAUCCGCAUCUAUUCGGUGUCAUUAUGCUAACAGCCGCAUUGCUUGGUUUUUCGACAAGUUAUUUAAGCGGCAUUGCUGGUUUUCCUACUUUGCCGUACAUGUUACCUUAUAUAGGAAGUCUUCAAAAGGAAAAAGGCGGUAAGAAACGGAUUCGUGUUUACAUGGAUGGGUGUUUCGAUCUUAUGCAUUAUGGGCAUGCGAACGCUUUGAGGCAAGCCAAGGCGUUGGGAGAUGAAUUAGUGGUCGGAAUCGUAAGCGAUGAGGAAAUUAUUAAGAACAAGGGUCCUCCGGUUUUAUCUAUGGAAGAGAGACUCGCGCUCGUUAGUGGAUUGAAGUGGGUGGAUGAAGUGAUCCCCAAUGCACCAUAUGCUAUAACCGAAGACUUCAUGAACAGUCUCUUUAACGAGCAUAAGAUCGAUUACAUCAUUCAUGGUGAUGAUCCUUGCCUGCUUCCCGAUGGAAGUGAUGCGUAUGCGUUGGCGAAGAAAGUUGGUCGUUACAAGCAGAUUAAACGCACAGAAGGUGUUUCAAGUACAGAUAUUGUAGGACGGAUACUCGCAUCGAUGGAGGAUAAACAAGUAAAUGGAGAAUGUAAUGGAAUGGGUACGAAUUUAGAAACCCAUCUGAAAUCCAAACAUGCUUCUAACUUUUUGCCUACAUCAAGAAGAAUCGUGCAGUUUUCAAAUGCCAAGGGGCCGGGGCCAAAUGCGCGUGUGGUGUACAUUGACGGAGGGUUUGAUCUAUUUCAUGCUGGACAUGUUGAAAUUCUGAAGAACGCACGACAGCUUGGAGAUUUUCUACUAGUGGGCGUCUAUACUGAUCAAACUGUCAGCCAACAACGAGGGGCACAUUUCCCGCUGAUGCAUCUGCACGAACGAAGUCUCAGUGUUUUGGCUUGUCGAUAUGUCGAUGAAGUUAUCAUUGGCGCACCUUUGGAAAUCUCAAAAGACAUGAUAACGACUUUUAACAUCUCGUUGGUUGUGCAUGGAACCGUUUCAGAGACCAACUAUUCUCCCAACGCCAUGGUCGAUCCUUACAAAGUACCGAAAAGCAUGGGUAUUUUCCGGACACUCGAAAGCCCAAAAAACAUCACCACCACUUCUGUGGCUGAAAGAAUAAAAGCCAAUCAUGAGAUAUACCAGAAGAGAAAUGCUAAGAAGGAAGCUAGUGAGAAGAAAUUUUAUGAAGAGAGGAAGUAUAUUUCAGGGGAUUAACUAAUUAUAUAUUUGUUUAGAUGCUUAGAAAAAUUAUGAAGAUUGGAAGUAUAUUUGUGUUGAAUCAUGCAGUGUUAUUGCACCAUAAUGGUCUUUAUUCAUACCA